AUGGUGGCGCGAUGCCUGGAGGUAACAGUGGGAUCGACGUCAGGGCUGAAGGACAGCAAGUCGACAACCAAGUCCGACCCUUACGCCGUGCUGCGCCUGGGCUCCGUGCAGCACCGCACGCACACGUCGUGCUCGCAGAUCUCUCGGCCCGUCUGGAACCACCGCUUCAGCUUCCUCCUCCCGGACGACGGCCAAGGGCCCAUGGAUCUGCACGUGCAGUUCUGGGACAAGGCGGACGCGGGCGAUCGCAUUCUGGGGUCGUGCAAGCUCAACCUGUCGCCGGUCUUCGCGGACGGCCAUCUGGACGUCAUGCAGCCUGUGCACCGCCGUAACGGCAAGCUGCUCGGCCACGUGCGCCUGCACCUCUCGCUCCUCGUCGAGUCCUCCCCGCCCUCCCCGCCCCGCCCGCGGAGCAACUCCGCCUCCCGCUCCGCCGCCGGGGCCGCCGCGGAGCGGGAGGCGUCGGAAGCCGCCACCGCUUCGCCUUCUCCCGCGCGCCUGGGGCCUACCGCUGCAGCUCUUGCGGGGCAGGGUUCCGCGGGCGGCGGGGGAGCGGGAAGGGGAGGGGGAGGGGGACGGGGAGGGGGACGGGGAGGCUCUCCCGCAGCGUCGUCUAUCCGCGCGUACUUGCCCGCGGGCUCCGCCGUCUCCCCUCUGCCCUUGCGCCUCAGGAGCCCCGACGCGGACCUCAACGACGGGCGCUUCUCUUCCCCCGCGCAGCCUGCGCGGGAGCAUUCCGCGCUCUCAGGGAUGUCGGGAUCCGCCCUAGGGGGAGGCGGCGGUGGAGGGGGAGCGCUUUCCCGCUCCCCGUGCCCGUCCAGUCUCUCCGCGCCAGCUGCGCCUUUCCCCCUUUCCUCCCUGGCGGCAUCGUCCCACCAUCAGGCGCAGCAGCAACCGCGCCCGUCCUCCGCCUCCUCGUCAACUUCCGCCGCGCUUUCCGCAGCAAUAGCCGCCGCCGCCGCCUCCGCCGCGGCCGGAAACCCCCUGGACGCGAAUACGCGGAAGCUCCUUGCGCGGCUACUGGGCUCGCGCCUAGGCUCCGCCGCCGGGGGGCUCUCUGGGGGACUUGCGGGGUUGGUAAGGGGAAGCGGAGCGGGGAAUGGGAUGGUGGAAGGAAGCAGAAGCGCGGAUGCCCUAGCGAGUGCAUUUGAGGGCGGGGGCGUGGGGGGGGUGGCGCAGAGCGGACUGCUGGGUGCGCUUGACCUGCAGAGGCGCUCCAGUGGGGGCGGGGGGAGCGGUGUGGGCGGGGUUGGCGCAGGGGGAGGACACGCGCUUGGGGGAAGUGGGCGUGAUGGCGGAAGCGCAAGCGUUGGCGCGAGUAUCAGCGCGAGCGCGAGCGGAAGCGGGAUCCCGCGGAGAGUGCUGGGCGGGGGAAUAGACGCGGGUGUGCUUGCCGCGCUGCUAAAGGCGGGGGGGGUUUCCGCCCUUUCGGGUAUAGCACAGCGGCAAAGCGUCAGCGGAAGCGCCAGUGGCGCAAGUACGGGCGGAGGCACUUGGGGGGCAAUCGCAGGUGCUGGGGGCGGGGGUGGGGGUGCGAGUGGUGCGGGUGCGGGGCGGGAUGAUUUGAGACGGCAGGGGAGUGAGAGUGGGGUGGCUGGUGGUGGGGGAAGAGACAGGGGGGGGAUUGUGGCAUUGUCCCCGGACGCAUCACUGGUUGGGGGAGAAGUGGGAGGGGGGGGCGGAGGGGGAGGGGGAGGGGCAGGCGGAGGCGGAGGAGGAGGGAGGGGAGGAGGUACUGCAGCUGCUGUUGCCGCUGCGCUUCUUGCAAAGCUGAACAGCCCGGAUGGAGUUGCUACAGCGAAGGAGCUUCUAGCGAGUAAAGACAGGCAGGAGGGGGACGAGGAGGAAGAAGACGAGGAAGGAGGAGAGGAGGAGGGAGGCGAGGAAGCGAGGCAGGUGCAGAAACAGAAGCGGGAGUUGCUCAAGGCCCUGCUGGUGCGUGCAAUGAAGGGGAACUGGGGUGGUGGUGGCGGUAGCAAGUCCCAAGGAUCGGAAGAACCCCAGAGAAGCUCCGAUUGGCCUCAGGAGGAGGAGGAGAUGGACGAAGGAGAGGCGGCGGCGGCGGCAGCAGCAGCAGCAGCAAUAGCCGCGGCUUCGGUGCGCGCGUGGCAGAGGGAAGGUGGCGCUUUAGGUGAAGCAGCAGCAGGAGCAGGAGCCGGCAGCAAGGGGGAAUGUGCAGAAGGUGGGGUGGGAGGCGAGGUAGGAGCAGGCGUAGCAGAGAUGGCAAUGGGGCUGUUUGGGCCAAGAAACGGCGAGAUGGGUGGUGAGCUAGGUGUGCGAUGCAAUGGCAGCCUUGCAGCAGAAGCAGCAGCUGCUUUGGUUGAUUCCUCUCCAGCAGCAGCAGCAGGAGCAGGAGCUAGAACAGUUGCAGGGGCAGUGGAAGCGGGUGUGUUGGAAGGAGGAGUGAAGAUGGAGACAGGGGAGUUUGGUGUGGGCGUAGGGCUGGAGGGGCGCGGGCAGGGCGAGCAGAGGGGUGUGGGAGUUGAGGAGGCGGAGGAGGAGGAGGAUGAGGAGGACGAGGAAGAGAAGUUUCUGAAGCUUGUGGUGGUUGGAGGGGAUGGGGACGAGGCGGAUGAGAGCAUGCGAGACGAGCAACCGCGACAGCGCCUGCAACAACCGAAACACAGACAGCAGCAACAGCCGCAGCAGCAGCAGUCGCAGCAGCAGCAGUCGCAGCAGCAGCAGCGGGUAGGUGAGCCAAGGUCGAGUGUAGCAGAGUGCAGAGAAGCAGCGAAGGAGGGUGAUGAGGAGGCACGUGUGGCAGAAGGGGUUUCGCCCAUGGACGCGCAAGGGCGGGGCUGUGAGGGGAAUGAUGCUGCUACUGCUGCUGCUGGUGCUGCUGCUGCAGCAGGAGAAUGUGGGGGUAGGGAAGCAGGAGAAGAGCGGGCAGUGGGAGGAAGCAGCGGUCGAGCAGGAGGGGCAGGGAGAGUAGCAAGGGAACACGGGGUGGGCGGGCACGGGCCAGGAGUAGGGGAAACAGCAGCAGCACCAGGAGUACAAACAGAACCAGCAGUACCAGCAGAAACAGCAGAAGCAGCAGGUGCCUUAGAAGCAGUGGACAGGGGGGAGGACCUGUUGCCGCCCAUGGAAGAGAUGGCCAUGGCUGCAGGUGAUGAGGACGACGAUGCUGCUGCUGCUGCUGCUGCUGCUGUUGCUGCUGUUGCUAGUGUUGCUGGUGCGGGUGCAAUGGCAGACAACACGACUUUAAGAGGUGGGGGCGGAGGAGGAGGGCAAGGAGGAGUGGGAAGAGGCAGCUCACAGCAGCAGCAGCAGCGGCAGGCAGCAGAUGUGUUCAAGCCCCCGCGGCCUGGCACGAGCUCGCUGCUCUCGCGCUUCCCCCGCCCGCCUCCUCUGGACAUGAAAGCAGUGGGGUUUGACUCGGAGCCCUCACUCUUCUCGCCCUCCAUUCUCGCAGGCCCUGAUGACCACGGCACCCUGCCUGGCGGCCUCACUGGUUUUGGCUCCAUAGGCGUGGAUGCGGGAGGGAUGGGGAUGUGUGGGGGCGGCAGCGGCGCUUCGUGUGGGAACGGCGGGAGCAGCGGUGGUGGUGGUGGGUCUGGCAUGGGUUCUUUUGGCGGGGGGAGAGCAGGAGGGGCAGGAGGAGUUGCUGGGAGCAGCAGCUCAGGCAACUGCAGCGGCUUCACCAGCAGCAGCGGCGGCGGCGGCGGUGGUGGUGGUGGCAGCGGUGGUGGCAGCGGCGCAGUAUUCAUUAUGCCGUCGCCCCUAAUGUCGCCCACGCUGCUGUUCUCCCCGCUCUUCCCAACGUCUGGUGCCGACACCAUUUUCUCCCCUGCCACGCCAUUCUUUCACUCCUCCUUCGCCCCCACGCCUUCUGCCCGCCGCCACACUCGCAGCCUCGGUGCCAUUCCUGAGGGGCUGAGGGAGGGUGGGGGUGUGGGGAGUGGGAGAAGGGAGAAGGGAGGAAAGGGUGAUGGUGAUGCUGGUGGGGAUGGUGGUGAUGAUGGUGGUGAUGCCGAUGGUGCUGCGCUUUCGCCGAUUGUUCGGGGAAGCAGGGAGGGUGAGGAGGUAGGUUUUGUUCAGGAGCACGAUAGGGAGGGGCACAGAGAGGAGGGGCAUGGUGGUGAGGGGCAUGGUGGGGAGGGGCAUGGUGGGGAGGGGCACGAUGGGGAGGGGAUGGUAGGGAAUAUCCGCAGUGGGGGGUGUGGUAAUGAAGGGCAGAGCAGCGGGGGUGAUGCGAGGAACAUUGCAGGUGCGAGUGAAGCUGAUGGGUGCGGUGACAGGUGGACACAGGGGGAUGCAGCAGCAGCAGCAGCAGGGGAAGGAGGAGGGACGAGUGGAGGAAAUGGAGGGAGUGGUGACGGGAGGGAGUCUGCUGGUAACGGCUGCACGAUGGCAGAAGAAGCAGGAGAGGCAGAGGGUGGAUCAGGUGACAGGCAUAAGGGUGGCAUGUGUAUUGGUGACCCUGACAGAGACCCUGGCACAGACCUUGGCAUAGACCCUGGAACAGACCAUCCAAUGGUAGGUGUUGGAGGGGAUGGGGGGUGCAUUGAGAGGAGGGAAGGAGGCAUGGAAGCAGAGCCCAGCCCUUCUCUCAUCUGUGUGGAAUCAGCCGGAGCUUUUGUCAAGCCUAAGAUCCGGGCGCCUUCUUCUCUACGUCGCGUUGCGCGCCUCCGCAGGCAGCGCGUUUCUGCGGUGCGGGCCGCCGUUACCGAUGGACCCAAGUACCGAUGGUGGGGAGGGUGGGAGGGACACCGCGGCGCUUGCACAGCCGCGAACGAGACCGGAGAGCGAGAGCAGGAGGCGCAAGCGGAGGAGAUCUCCAUCCCGCCGGGGGAGAUCGCCCUCCGCUCGCCCUGCAACCGCCGGUAA